AAAGGUGGAAAAGCACCAAGAGGAAAAAGAAACGAGAUUUUGUGCGAACCACACAGCAGCAGCAGUGAGCAAAGGUAGAACGUAGUGUGGAGGAAAAGCUGCUUAUUGAAAAAUAUUUCGUCUCAAAAGAGUGAAGAAAAGCGCGUUCGAAUCAAAGUAUCCGCGGAGUUUUCGUGAACAAUUACAGCCGAAAUGGAGGAUUUCUUCCGAGAAAACGGCGGAGAAGUGUAGAAACUUGUUUUUGGAAGCGAAUAAUCCAAGCGCAUUCUUGUGGAAUUCAGUUUCGGGACAGGAAUUUUCCGGACGCAGCCACGGAAAAGCAGAUCACUGAUUUUUCAAGCCUUUUUACCGCUGACUGCUUCGAAGCCAUCUGGGUUGACAAAAAUUUUCCUGUUUUCCGUAUCUGGUGUGGUGUGCAAUCCCACCCAUUCGUGAAAAAAGUGAUUUUCGAAGGUGAAAAUUUGUUGGGUUAAGUUUGGGACUGCACGCAAGAAGAGAAAAAAAAGGCAAGAUUCCCCUCGCGCAGAGCGCACUGCUGGCCAUGGCUCGCUUCGUUUUGUUGCUAAGGAGAAUUUCUAGCUGUCACAGGAGACUUCGGAUCCGGAAAAUAAGCUUGAAUGGUGUUUAGUUUUUCAAUCCAGUCAGAGAUCCGUAUUUGAACAUUGUUGGCAGUGGGUGAAACGAAAGGGAAAGAAGAGGGACGCACAUAACUUUUCUCAUAAAAGUCUGGUGUCGUGGCUGAAGGUUUUUGGAAACAGUUUCUGGAUAGGCGCAAAUAAUAUUACAAUCAGCUCGGGUGGGGAUCGGAGCUUGAGUGGGGAGGGUUCCAUUUGGUUAUGAAUAUUCCGGACAACGCUGGGGUCAACGUUACAGAAACAACGAAAAUGCAAUCAACGGGAUCGUCGGUGGCCGGAGGCGGCGGAGCAGGUGCUCCGGGAUCCUCUGGUGGAGCCCCCGGGACAACGGCCACGGCCGCCUACCCAAUCGAUUUAGCAUCGGCGUCCAAAGUUUUGGUUCGUCCAACGGAGAAAACAAUGCCAACUACUUACAGAAUCAACAAUUCGGCCGGCAAUCAGAUGCGAGUAGUAAUUCCGAGUAAUGCAGCUUCGCAGACGUUCUACAGACAUUCGAUCAAUUUAAAAACAGACCCUUCGUCAAAUCGCACGCAAAUUACGGCCCUUCCGGCACGAACCGUGACGCAGACAUCGAUCACAGUAUCGCGCCCGCAAACACCGACCACGUAUCAUGUCCCAUCGAGGGUCCCAACGACAGUAGCAAGUGGCCCUCGAGCUACUCUUACAGCGCCGAUACGAAUCCCGACGCCUCCAAUCAGCGUAGCAAACAUAAACACUUUCGUGCGUCAGUCGGUUCCGUCACGCACUUCUUCGCCGUCGGCCACAAUAAUUUCGCAGGGAACAUCCGCCUGGAUGCCCAACGUUCAGGUGCAGGUUCCAACCCAGUUAAUCAGAGCAGGUAGCCUCACUCAGGCGCCCAGAGCUCGUGUCGUCGCGCAGACAAUUCCUGCGAAUCAAACAUCCACCAACGUUAAUAGCGCCACAAUAACGGCCAAUGUUGUAGCGCAUCCUUCGUCGACUCAAGCCAGUCAACAGAAUGUUUCACUCAGUGCAACAAACCCAUCGCAAGCAUUCGUGGCAACGCUGGCCACUGCCGUGCUUCCACCACAAAGACAAAUCACGUCUACCCUCGUCUACACCAACAACAACUCCCAACAACCCUACUCCACCGGUACAAAUCCACAACGAUUAACUUUAGCCACUACCACACUUUCACCCCAACGACCGACAGGAGUGCGACCUAUCCAACGCCUCCCAACAACUAAUCUUGGAGUCCGUGUCACAGCGGGCAGCAUCAGUAUCCGUACGCCAAGCGUACCAGUCCUAGCUCCUACCACCGUAUUAACAACCAUCGCUUCUGGAACAGCGGGGACACAGAAUCGCAACUCAUCAGUCUCCACCGCAAACAUCUCGAAUGCCAUUCCGGCUCGCAUCAUCCAAGUGCAGAAUCCACAGAGCGGUCAAAUCAUCAGCGGUGGCCGUCUACCCACAAACUUGAUGAACAUUCAACCUCUGAUCGUCAGUAACAACCGCAUCCCUCACAGUAACAUUCAACCCAGCCUCACAAUUGCCCAAGUGAGCAAACUUGCGUCAGUUGCUGGCUCUCCACUGUCUAACAGCUCUGGUUCCACCCCGACCAGUCAAGACGCCGGAAGUGGCACCACAACCUUACAAACCGCCUCUGGUCAACAAAUUGUGGUGAGCUCAGGCCAAGUCAGUGGCAAUUCCGGAUCUACAGCCACCAUAAUAACUGGCAACUUGAUAUCAAACCAAUCGGGUAGUGGAGGCGGACAAGCGCAAUCACAGGGACAAAUCACCCAAAUAGUGAAUGUGAAUCCUGGUUCGGUGGGUGGCGGACUGUCAGGACAGGCACCACAAAUUGUGACCGUCAGUCAAGGGCAAGUUAUUGGAACCGCACAAACUCUAUCGGUGUCGAAUUCUGGUGGAUCUGGAUCAACCACGGUCAUACCCAUUCCAUUGGCCAUCACCGGGGGAAGAAACGCGACGACCAUCCCAGUGUCAGUUGCCACUCUGUCAGGUGGGCAGAACCCGAUAAGUAUCGUUUCUGGAGGCAGUACAAUCACAGGGAUUGUGCGAACUACGACAAGUGGUGCCGGCAAUACUGGGGCAGGAAUUGCCACUCCAACGAUGUCAUCUAUUUUACCGAUUGCAAAAGUUACACCUCAACAGCUGAGUAGCUUAAGCACAAUUGAAGCCGUUAGCAGUUCUGGAUCAUACUCAGUGUCUGGCACUGGAACCAUGUACAUACAGACAAGGCCCCAACAGCCGAGUUCCAUCGUUACAACGGUGGCCAGUUCUGGAAAGUCAAGUACUUUUAAUGUAGUUUCUGGUGGUAACUCCGGUUCAGGUGCAACGCUUUUCCCGACAUCUACUCUGUACUAUGAACGUGUGACAGCUUCCCCGGCCUCAUCUAGCCAACCAGUCACUACCUCUGCCUCCGGGACAAUUACCCUUGGGCAGAGUGCUUCAUCGCUGACAUCCACGACGAUCACAACAACGAGCGCUAUAAGCGGACCAGUUUUCUCAAUAUCUUCCAGCACAUUAAGCAGUGGUUCUACAUCAACUGGAAGUGGUACUGCAACAAUAGUUUCCGGAGUAUCUAGCGGACAGUUGAGUUCAACCAACGUGAUCACGACAACCGUGCCAUCGUUGCCAUACUCAUCAACAGGCGGCCCAUUUGCUAUUGUUCAAGCGUCCGGGCGGAACAUAACCGGUCCGAUACACGGAAUUGUAUCGUCGUCCACCGCUUCCGUACAAUCCAGCGGACAAUUCCAAACACAAUCCCAACCAUCUCAGCCUCAACAAUCGACAGCCCAAAUUCAAGCCGUUCCAGUUCGAUUCCACCCUCAGUUAAUAGUUGAUGGCAGCCAAGCGCAGCAAAUAAUCAUGACUGGGUCUUCGACUUCGUCGGGGCAGCCACAGCAACAGCAUAUGCUCAUUCCGGUUAAUCCCGGAGGUAAAAUAGAAUCGCCGCAAUCCAGCAUCCUCCGCAAACGCGGAGGAUCUCCCAUCAAGGCAGGCAAGGAUCUCACACAAACUCUGAUCGCCAUGGGCAAAGAGCGGGCCCGAGAAUUGGAGCAGCGCGAACGAGAACGGGAACGGGAAAUGUCUCCCCCGUCUCGGCCGGUAUCUACGGACGGAUCAACCACGGUCAGUGCCACAUCUAGUCCCGGAGCCGAUCAGCAAGAGCAAGAAGAAAUCAAGGCCAUGGCAUUUGCUAACCGCAACGCAAACAGCGACUUACCGUUCAAACCCGUUCACGAGGAAAUAUUCCACCACGGACAGCAAUCUUCUUCGAAUCAGGAUUCCCAACAACUCGGUCAUCCUUUCCAUCAUGGGCCGCUACCACAUCAGAAUUCUGCAGCCGGGGGAAGCAGCAACGGAAACUAUGAGCAAUCGCCCCGUAAGAAACCACGAAAACAGAACGUUUCUGAAGGUCAAAAGUCCGUUGCCAAUAGUUUACAGUUUUAUGCGAACAACGAAUUGGACAACAGUUACCGAAUGGAAACGACAGGUGCGCAGAAUUUAGCUACAGCUGCAGCAACAGUGACAGCGGCAGCUGCUAUAGUGGAAAGCAUCGCAGCUCAGCAGCAGCUACUUCAGGCAAAACAAAGCGGAAGCGCAGUGGCCGUUGCAGACACCAACAACAGUCUUGGCACUGGAAGCACCGCAAAACAUGAUCCGCAGCAAAGCCAAAGCGGAUCGGGUGCUGGACGCGACGGAACGGUAGCGCUCACAAAAGAUGUCGCAAGCUCAUCGAUAGCCAAUUCACGUAAACCACGGAAUGUCAGUUUGCUGGAGUCAUACAAACAGAGCUGGAAAGCGGCAAACAAUCACUUCCAGCGCUAUACGGACGUAAAGCAACGCGAAGAGCGACGGCCCACCAUUGUGGAUAUCGCCAACCAGUCCCACGUGCUGCAAAAGGUCAACGGCUGGAAGAUCUACCAUCUCAGCGCGCAAAUUGAAGAUUUGUGCGAGUUAGAAUCUCAGGCGUACGACAAGCUGGACCAGAUGUUAAAAACGAUGGAGGCCACACCGAAGCCGUCGGCGGAGAUCGAGCGAAUCAACGAAUUGCUCAAGGGCAACAUGCAGCGCAGUAAGAUCAUCAUUGACGGUAUCAACGAAGCGCGGACGCAAAUAAUGAAAAUUUUCGACCACAAGACGCACGUCUCGGAUAUAAUCCAGCGGUGCACCUCCAAGCGGAACCUUAAGAAGCGAGAGAAAAGCUAAGUGCAAUCCGGUGGCGAGUGAUUUGCGCGGAAGAGAUUUUUGUACAUAAUAUCAUACGACGGAGUACUGUCAUCGUCGAUGCUUCGUUUAUUGUAGAUAUUUCCCCCAAAUGUUUCGAACUCUAAUGAUAAGAUAAAUUGUGAGCGGAUGACGUAUCUGUACCGUAACUUUUCGGUAAUGUUUGAUUAGUCUCUGUACAUUUUUCUUCUCCGGACAUCGUGUGCGAGAUAGAGCGUUCGCGGCAAUUAAAUUUUAGGCCCCCCUUAGGCUUAACUUAUUCUAAGAUAUGGUGGUUACAUCAUGUUUUGAAAAUCGUUUUUAGAGAUCGUUCUAUAGCUAUUAAGUCCAUAGUUUGUUCGAAGCUUAUUAAGAGUUUGAUUUUCUUAGUCAGGCAAGCAGGGAUCUCCUCAGCUUUCUUAGCAGAAUCGGACGACAACUUUCCGCAUUUGAACCACUAAAUGUUAGGCUCUUAAAGUGUGUUUUCCAUAGUUUUAAGUGCAAUAACAAGUUUUAUUCAUAACACGAGAAAAGGAAAGAAAAAUGAAGAAAAUCGAAAAAAGUGUACCCUGUUGGUGACAAUCGGAAGUUGCAUCCACAUGCCUCGGAUUUCCCGGAGAUCCCUCUAUUGUGCUUAGGAAAAUAUUUUAAAGCAUAUUUUGUAAUGAUACACAGAUUUAUUUUGUAAUAGUGUCAUAAAAAGUUGAACUUUAUUAGUAAUUAAAUGCAUGGUGUAUGUCUCCAAUAAGGAUGAAGAAUUUCAGUUUGUUAUUACCUCUAUGAAGUAAGCGUUUGUUCUCCUUUUUCGUAAAUUCCUUGAUUGGUUACAAAACGCCUGGAAAAAACUCUUUGGAUCGUUUUCAAAAAAAUAAGCGUAGCAAAUAAGAUAUUUGUAAUUUGUUUUAAAAAAAAGCUGAAGCAAACAAUUUCAGUUCAAACGCAAAAUAGCAUACUUACAUUGAUACAAACCUGAAGUCGUAGGCAUAGUAGCGCGAAAGAGACGGUUCUUAGUGAUCCAGUCAGAUUGAGAACAAGUGACUAUGUAACUUCUCAAUUUUACACUUACGAAGCAAAUGUGUGUUACUAAGUAGCAGUUAUUUCCUGAAAGAUUAAAAUUAUAAUUAGUAGAAA